GCCUAUCCCCAGGUGCAUGUCUUUGGAGAAACCACAUCAGACUCUGCCAACCAGACCUGAGAGAAAGAAAGUGAAAGAGAGCGAGCGGUCGCUGGUGGCCAUGGCUCAGGGCUCUGACAGCAAUGACACAAGUUACAGGUCGCCGUCACCUGGAGGGAGGCAGAGCUCCUCGGAUGACAUGAAGAAGGUCAUGAGGCGAGAGAAGAACCGCAUCGCCGCUCAGAAGAGCAGAAUGAGACAAACUCAGAAAGCCGACAGCCUCCACCUGGAGAGUGAGAACCUGGAGAAGGAGAACACUGCGCUGAGGAAGGAGGUGAAGCAGCUGACGGAGGAGGUGAAGUAUCUGUCGUCCGUGCUGAGCAGCCACGAGCCCCAGUGCGCGGGCCUGACCCCGCCGGCCUCUCUGUACCCGCCUCACCACCACGCCGCCUACCACCAGCACAUGGCCGUGCCACACCACCAGCACUGACCGCGUCCUUCACAGACGGCGGCGCCCUUGAGGAACAAUUUACCUGGCG